AUGCCCUCUCUCUGUGCCUUUCUUUCUUUUCCUCUCUCUGUGCCUUUCUUUCUUUUCCUCUCUCUGUGCCUUUCUUUCUUUUCCUCUCUCUGUGCCUUUCUUUCUUUUCCUCUCUCUGUGCCUUUCUUUCUUUUCCUCUCUCUGUGCCUUUCUUUCUUUUUUCCUCUCUCUGUGCCUUUCUUUCUUUUCCUCUCUCUGUACCUUUCUUUCUUUUCCUCUCUCUGUGCCUUUCUUUCUUUUCCUCUCUCUGUGCCUUUCUUUCUUUUCCUCUCUCUGUGCCUUUCUUUCUUUUCCUCUCUCUGUGCCUUUCUUUCUUUUCCUCUCUCUGUGCCUUUCUUUCUGUGCCUCUCUCUGUGCCUUUCUUUCUGUGCCUCUCUCUGUGCCUUUCUUUCUGUGCCUCUCUCUGUGCCUUUCUUUCUGUGCCUCUCUCUGUGCCUUUCUUUCUGUGCCUCUCUCUGUGCCUUUCUUUCUGUGCCUCUCUCUGUGCCUUUCUUUCUGUGCCUCUCUCUGUGCCUUUCUUUCUGUGCCUCUCUCUGUGCCUUUCUUUCUGUGCCUCUCUCUGUCUAUUUGCCUCUCUCUGUGCCUCUCUGUCUGUCUAUUUGCCUCUCUCUGUGCCUCUCUGUCUGUCUAUUUGCCUCUCUCUGUGCCUCUCUGUCUGUCUAUUUGCCUCUCUCUGUGCCUCUCUCUCUGUCUAUUUGCCUCUUUCUUUCUUCCUCUUUCUACCCCUCUCUCUCUCUCUCUCUCCUCGUUUCUUUUCACCUUCUCUCACAUUCUGACAUAAUACCAAUGGCAUUGAUCGACCUAGAUUUCCUCGAUCCUGUCUCCGAUUCGCUUCACCUCCCAAAAGCUGCUCCAUCAAACAUCGCCUUCCUUCGCCAAAUCCCCUUGAUGUUCGCUCUCUCAAUCACCACUGCUUUCGACAUUGCUGCACCAACCAAUCACUCACAUGACACAGUGAAAGACAAGAGGCGUGACAUGUCGGCAAGGGGCAUCGGCCACCUGCGCUUUAUUCGCCUCAAACUGAACUGUCAUCGAGGAGGGUGGAGACCGAGACGACGACAUUCGCAUCGCAGAGAAAUGCCAUACGUUUGA